CGAAGCGGAGUAUUCGAGAUGGGGACCACCCUGGACAUUAAGAUUAAAAGAGCGAACAAGGUUUAUCACGCCGGGUUUUCUGCCAUCACAUUACCAUUUGACAACAGUCAUGUAGUGCUUCUCAAGGCCCUUCUCGUUGCCUUUUUGAAAUCAGACAGCGGGCAUGAAGAUGUGUCUGGAAGGUGGUGAUGGGAUGCCCGUCCUCGCCCACUCCCCUGGCACCCCCCCAGAGCCGACCCUUCCCCAUCCUGGCAUCCAGGCGUCUGGUCUGUGAUAAGCACUCAGAAAUACUCUCAGGGGUGGUGGUCGUAUCUGGGAAGGAUUCGGUCCAGCACCAGGGAGUCUCCUUGACGGUGGAAGGAACUGUGAACCUCCAACUCAGCGCCAAGAGUGUGGGUGUGUUCGAAGCCUUCUAUAAUUCUGUGAAGCCCAUCCAGAUUAUCAACAGUACCAUCGAAAUGGUGAAGCCAGGAAAAUUUCCCAGUGGCAAAACAGAAAUUCCUUUUGAGUUUCCUCUGCACAUGAAGGGUAACAAAGUUCUGUACGAGACUUACCAUGGUGUGUUCGUCAACAUUCAGUACACCCUGCGCUGUGACAUGAGGCGGUCCCUGCUGGCCAAGGACUUGACCAAGACCUGUGAAUUCAUCGUUCACUCUGCUCCUCAGAAGGGGAAACUGACUCCGAGUCCUGUGGACUUCACUAUAACACCUGAAACCUUACAGAACGUCAAAGAGAGAGCCUUGCUCCCCAAAUUUCUCAUCAGAGGACAUCUCAACUCAACCAACUGUGUUAUCACACAGCCACUGACGGGAGAGCUGGUGGUGGAGAGCUCAGAGGCUGCCAUCAAAAGCAUCGAGCUGCAGCUGGUGCGCGUGGAGACAUGCGGCUGUGCAGAAGGGUACGCCCGUGAUGCCACAGAGAUUCAGAACAUUCAGAUCGCCGAUGGGGACGUGUGUCGGGGCCUCUCUGUCCCCAUAUACAUGGUCUUCCCCCGGCUCUUCACCUGCCCGACGCUGGAGACCACAAACUUCAAAGUGGAGUUUGAGGUUAACAUUGUUGUGCUGCUUCACCCCGACCACCUCAUCACGGAGAACUUCCCGCUGAAGCUCUGCAGGAUGUAGCCGCGGGCAGGGGGAGACGCGGCCACGUGACCUCACGGGAGCCGGGGCUGGCGGCGCUGAACCUGCUCUCUUGCUGGUUCUGUAUCAGAAAUGAGUCUGCCCUUCUUCCUCAUCUCGAGGCCCCUCCAGUCCCAGCUUCCCUUUGAAAUUCAUCGGAAUUUCUUCACGGUGUUGGCAAGAUCGUUUCCCAGAGAGCAGAUCUCCUGUGACUCCCAACCAACCUGCUCAUUUUUAGGUUCAGGAAACAGUUGUAACAGAGUCUGAAUUUUGCUGGAAAGUGAGGUCGGGGACGAAGGAAACCUCCUGUCUGACCGAUGGAUGUGGCCGGGGCUCCCGACAGCGAAGCGACUUCACGAGGUGGCGGCAGGUGUGCGGGUUGCCCGUGAUGUUGGCAGACGCCCGCCAAGGAGGGUGCUGUGGCGUCUCCGGUGCAGUGUAGCCUGUUUCCCACUGUUCUUUUUUAUAGCAUUUUUCAUGAUAACUUCAGAACUUUUAGGGACCUGGGGAAAGUGUGCCUUGCCCUCCCAGGAGUGAGGGGAUCUGCUGACCAUGGCUGGUGCUGGAGUAUUUCUGAAUCUCAGGACCUGCUGCCACCUUCCCAGAGUCCAUUUAAGUGCGAGGUUCUGUCGGGGGGAUGAAAACGUGUUCACGCCUGUCCUCAUAGGCUGGGUUCUGAGUGGCGGGAGACCCAGGCGUGAAGACCCCUCUGUGCUGGCAUGGCCUGGACCUGAUGAACUUGGCCCACCUCCAUCCCACCUGAGGGACCUGUGUUGGGGGGUGGGGGGAAUUGGCCUGAAGCCAUUUUCUCCCUCGCCUCCUGUUAUGAUUCGCAGUGUUCGGUGGGUCUGUUACAACACAGUCCUUCCUUCAAAUCCUGCCAUUGUUUCUGUGGGUCCACAGUUAACCUCAAAAGUAAGCCGUGCACUCUGCACGCUGCCUGGCCUCCCCGACAGCCCUCGGCCUGGCAGUCUUGGGCAGGUGGCUGACGGCCCCCUGGAGGUCCCGCUGUUGUCCUGGGACAGCUCUGGUGACCCUGAUGCCGAGGGCAAACAAACCUGACUCAGGCUCAGCUUUUCCCUCAGGCUUCACCAGUGAAGUGGAUACAACUUAUUCACUGAGCCAUUUAAAAAGGUGGUUCCCAGAACAUACAUUUCUAGUUUAUAAUCUCCUUUUACACACACAUGACAUUAACAAUGAUCUGAUGCUGUGUUUAAACUAGACCAGCAGAAAACAAGGAGUCCAUGCUUCCUGGAAAAUUUCAAAUGUAGAGAUCAUUUUUAGUGAGGAAAAAAGCUAAAUGAGAAUUUUGAGAAAAGGUUUGGGACGUAUAUUGCUAUAUAAUUUCUUAAGUAAACCAGUUUUUUGGACUUAAGUAUGGUGAGUACUGUUGUUAGGAGAUAAUUAUCACCUGAAGAGCGGCCAGCAGCCCGGCCACCUUUAUCAUUUUAUUCACCCCCGAGGGGCCCAGGUAAGGGCCGUGUCCUUGCCCUUCUUGGACGGGCACCUCCACCGUCAGUUAUUAAGGAAAACUUGAACGUUUGGGUAUCUUGGGAGCAACAGUCCCACUACUGCCCUGGCUGCAGCUGGGGGGCUGUGUUGUCAUGUUCUCCCAUUAGAGCAGGAGGGGAGGUGAAAGAAAGAGGCCGUGAACCGUAAAUGUAAAACAGUAUAUUUCUUGGGAAAUGCUUAUUUAGGCAGGAGCACCUUCUGAUUCUUGGAGCUCCAGCAGAAAUGGGGCCUGACUCCGGUUCUCAGCCACAUCGUGAGUUCCACAGGAAAGGUGGAGAGGUCAAUGAAAAAUAAAACGUUAAAAUCAAUCAAUAAAAAAAUAAUAAAAAAGCAUCGUGCCUGACUUCACCCAGA